AUGCUGGUAUGGCCACUGGAUUCAAAGAUAGGCGCGGUACACAUCACAUACGGAGAUUUUAAGCGUUUGGAGCCGCAAGAAUUCCUCAACGAUACGCUCAUUGAGUUCGGACUCAAGUUUUGGUUCAACCAGUUCAGUGAUCAGAACCCGCAGGCAGCACGACAAGUUCAUAUGUUCAACACCUUUUUCUACAAGAAGAUUAGUGUGAAGGAGUGCGCGUGCCCCUGCCGGUUCGCCAAACCUCACUAA